AUGCUCGGAUGUCUUGUCGACAGUGGUCGCAGGACUCUUCUGAUGCUCUCCCUUGAUAUCCUCUUUCCUCGAGACUGGAGACUUCGGUGUGAAUGUCUUUGUUUCUUGGAUCAGGCAUACCGAGACGAGAUCGAUGCGGACGUCUACCUCCAAGAACUAUUCGCGCAGCAGAUCGAGCGGGUCUCGCGCAUUUGGACAUGGCCGUCGGACACCAAACGUUUUCCCUGGUACUUCCUGGUCCUUUUCCUGCGGCACAAUAGCCCCGAGCAUAUCGAGAACAUCAUCGACACCAUCAUCGACAAUUACCAGGACAUAUCACCACGAGUCAUCUUAGUCAUCGUCGACCACUUUACGAACCUUGGCGACACCGACCGAGCACUUGAAUGGCUCUCGCGCAUCCUCCCAGAUCAGAGGGAGGAACAUAAGGUGCGAAUUCUUGAGCGUUGUGCCAACCUUAUUUCCAUCGACACAAUUGACGAGUCUGACUCUGUGGCCAAUUUCAGGGCACUGCCUAAACUUGUUGGACUCGGCCUGCCAAUGAAUGUCAAAGUACACAACCGCAUCCUAGAACGAGCACUCGAGCUAGGUAGGCCGGAAGUGGCAUGGGAAGUCUUUCGUUUUAUGGAGGCUAGAGAUAUAUGUGUUGAAGCCAACGGCUACCUGAUGCUACUCAAGAAUAGCUUUGAGCAGAAUGACCGCGAGAAGCUGGAUGCGAUGAUGUCUUCUAUCCACAGACACGAGGACCUUUAUCAGUAUCCUUAUCUGGUGACAUACAUGAUGAAUAUUGUGAGGGUGGUUUGCGCGAUCGACCGCAAACUAUCCCCCGAGACGUCCGUUUCACAUCUCCUGGCCAUAUAUGGCAAAGCUUACGAUAGGACGCCCCUUGUCAAGCUCGGUAUUGUCAACGCAGUUCCGCCUCAGCACAAUCUGCAGAAAGGCCUCGAGCAGCCUCCGCCAGCGGUCCUGGGAUUCACUAUCUGGGCUUAUGUACUCUGCCAACGCGACGAACGCAUCGUCUCCGCAUUGUGGUUCUGGAUAAUGCACAUGAUCAAACAGCAGGAUGAGACCAUUCUUGCUUGCGCAAAACAUGACGUCAUGUGGAAUGGAUUCAUCCAUUUCUAUGCAAGGAGUCGGUUCUUUUUACGGAAGGCGGUCUAUGUGGUUGAAACUAUGAUGGAUCAUGACCUAUGCAUGCCGACCGAGCGAAGCUGGAGCGAACUACUUUGCGGCUUUUUGAAGCAUGGCGAGGAGGAGACUGCGGCAAAGAUCUGGCACAUGAUGUUGGCCCGGGAGGUCCAUCCAACCGAGAAGGGCUGGGCAUUCUUGCUCGAGAACUACGACCAGACUCGGCUUGCCGACUUGGUGAAACACUGUAUCGAUGAACGCCAAAUGCCCCAAGGGAUGGACAAAGUCCUGGGCUGGCAGGCUUCGAACACAGUCAUUGAGGAGGCACCAACAGAGGCCGAGGCUAAGGCAGCCCAGCAAGCGAGUCAAGGUGUCGAUGAGAACAAGGUGCUUGAGAGCGAGACUGAGAUUGAAGGCGGCAAUGCAAUCCCGGCUCUUGCAGGCAGGAGUGUGUAUCAAUAG